GGUUACUCACGUCUUCAGUUAGACGGACUAGUAACCGUAAUUGAAUUGGUAUAAUUAACCAUAGUUGGUGUACCGAUAUUUAGGAGGAUGUAUUAAUAUUAAAUUUUCAUUAUCAUACGACAUUCUUUUCUGCAGCGGGCCGCAUACUCGUAGAGCAACAACUCAUGGAGAUGAAAAAUGUUACUAAUUAGGUGCAAGAUUUGCUGGCACACGCCCCGGCCAGAUAGCCAGUCUACUGACAAAAACAAUAUGGAUGGACAUGGCAGUUACAUAUCUCAUAAGCACAUGGAGAAGAGAUUCGUUUGGUGGCAGAACCGUGCUGAGGAACUUAUGUAUAACGGAAGAUGUGAUCAGAAAUGUGGAGUAACAAUUGAUUAGCACCUACGACGUCGACGAAAUGAAAGUGCUGCUGCUGUUGCUGCCUCUGCUGUUGUGCACGGAUAGAUCAGCAGUAUAUAGAUCACUUCUAGUAGCACCUUUUGCCCGGGAAUCUGGGUCAUGAAAAAACGAAAUCACGAACUCGGGCUCCAGGGAGUCGAAUAAAACCAUUCCAACUGUAGUACAUCGUGGUAUUCGAGAACUUCGCGCGACGCGAUAAGGUGCCAUUUCGGAGCUCCUACCAGUGGAUAUGACGAGUGUAUAGCCCUAAUAACUACUUUUCAUUAGAGGCUAAGUGUUGAAAUUAAUCAUUUACUCGUAUGAUAGUGUCCUGAAGUGUGCGAAGAAAUACAGAUACAGACACAGAUACCAUAUUUAAGUAUGAGAGUCGAACGCGCUAGGUGGGUGCUGCUGGCGUGUGUUGUCCUUUUCUUUGGCUGUGAACAGGUUCGGGCAUACUCUCAAGUGUUGAUCACUGGCGAUCAGGGACCACGGAUAUUCAAGGCCUUAAAUACGGAUCUGAUAUUCCCCAAAACCUUCAACUCCAGUGAGAAUGUCUUCUCCACCACUGAGGCGCCAGUGGCGACUUCCUCCUCCACAACAACGAUUCCGCCUAUUCCCUACAACCAUCAACCGGAGCCGGUCGCGGAGACAACCAGUUCACCCGUUUUUGUCACUCCCUUGGGAGCGACCGAAGAGAAGGAAUCAAAUGCUGCUAAUGAGGAGCUCCAUCCCGAGCCGAGUAUCGAAGGUGCCUCCACAGGACGGGCCGUCGAUUAUCGGACAGCCUAUCCCUUUGGUCAGCUAAUAACCCCCUUGCUAAAGGCCCAGCAAUACAGCUCCCGACCUGCACAGACUCGCAUCUAUCCACAGGAAAGUCCCUCCCGGUACUCGUCUUCCUCAUCACGGAACCCGAGUCGCUAUCCGGCUGCGAAGCCCUAUUACAAGAAAGGAAUCAGCGACCGCUUCACUCCCGGUGAGAGCACUGCCGCUGGUCUUUUCAAGGGGCAGCACAAACACAAUCAUUCCCAUGGCCAGGAUGGCAAGGUUGCCUCUGGUUCCAAUUCGGUGCCUUCAUAUGUCCCGCCAGGAGAUGCUUACUCCUUUCCGCCCCUGAACACAAAGUAUCCGUCGCCCUCCCAGGACCCAAAGGCGGCCUUGCCAUCGGAUACCGUAACAAGCUACUUACCUCCCGCAUCGGGUGGCCUGAGCAACGCUGGCUAUGUCUAUCCGGGACCUCCAAUGCCGGCUUCCACUGGCUACAAGUACCCUGGGCCUCUGGUCGGAGGUAAUGGGGAUAAGGAUGCAGCCGCGAGUUCUCCCAGCGCGACUCCGGUAGCAGAUGAUGAUCAAGGAAGUGAUGAUGUGAUUGGCGUAUUGCCCGCCAGUGCCAUGGAUAAUCUGCCAACAAAGGAUCAGGAUGGAAAGGAUGCUGGGGAUGCCGAUGGAGGGGACGCUAACAGUGGAGGCGAUAUGGGUAUGCCUAACACUGGAGAUGAUGGGGGAGAUAACGGUGAUAACGCACCUCUUCCUGCCCUCCAUAAUGACGGAUCGCAUGGAAACGAUGAUCACAAGUACGAUCCCAGCAUGGAGUACGCUACUCCCCCGCCUGGAUGGCUUGAAUCUCACCCUGAAUCGGCGGCUCCCAAGCCGGAAGAUCACAGUCACGAUCAUGACCACAUUCCAGACCAUGAUUCCAUACACGAUCACCACCACGGUCAUUACCCGGGACACUUUGAUUAUCCACUCGCCUCCUAUCCAGACGACACCUAUCCCGAAGUUCUCUACGAUGAUCACCCGCACCAUCACCAUCACGUUCACCACCCACCGCCACCUCCUCCUCCUCCACCACCCCCACCACCACCUCCUCCAACUGAGCCCCCACCACCACCACCGCCGCCAGAGCCACGUGUCAAGAAGUACAGUUACUUCUACAUUGGCCGCAAGCUCUGGUACAUCCCUCUGUACUUUACGGUGUGGUUCAGCUUCUACAUUCUGUGGCUGAUCAUCAAGUCCAUUGGACGGCACAAGGUCAACCUGCCAAACCACUACGUUUCGCGGCGCAGUGCGCCGGACUACUUCACCGAACAGGGCCGAGAUGAAUACAUCAAUAACAUGACGGUUAAGGUGCUCGAACACAUAGAUAGCUUUAAGCAGAAAUACUUGAACUGAUAAGGGACUCUACGAAUUAUU